AAUUUUUUUGUUGUUAACUUUCUACAGUGAAGACGCAAUCGCAGACACGCUACGAAUACACCCACUCUCUCAAUCUGGAGACUUGGAAGCCCUUGAAAAGAUGAUUGGAUCUGAUUUAGAGGUUGAUGUUAAUAGUUAAAAUAAAUGAAUCUGCUGGACCUGCAUUUUGAUUUUAUUAGCUAUCAAUUUGAAAAAUGCUUAUAUCAUUUGCUGGGUAUUUCAUGGCUCCAAUUUUCAAUCUGUUUUACAGAAAAACGCUCCUUCUUUCCCUUAAUUCUUAUGUGCAAUUAUCACUCAUCAAUACAUUUUCUACUCUUGAACUAAAAAAAGAAAUAUCCCCCAGGAAGAGAACUUUUUCCCACAUUUUUCAACAAUGUACCCUCCAAAAAGCUUUAAAUCCAGGCAAACAAGCACAUGCCCAGAUGAUAAUUUCUGGGUUUCAACCCACAAUCUUUGUUACCAACUGUUUAAUUCAAUUCUAUGUAAAAUGUUCUUGUUUGAGGUGUGCUCACAAAGUGUUCGAUCAAAUGCUUGAACGAGAUACAAUUUCUUGGAACUCCUUGAUUUUUGGUUAUUCUGGAAUAGGGAAGUUGGACAUUGCACAAAAGAUUUUUGAUUCCAUGCCGACUAGGGACGUCGUGUCGUGGAAUACUAUAAUUUCAUGUUACUUACAAAGUGGAAAUCAUAAAAAAUGUGAAGAUAUUUUCUUGCAAAUGGUGAAACAUAGAUUUUGCUUUGAUCAUACUACCUUAGCUGUUGUGUUGAAAUGUUGUUCGUUUUUGGAAGAUUUUAUUCUAGGCAUACAAAUUCAUGGGCUUGCAUUGAAAAUGGGUUUUAAUAGUGAUAUGGUGACAGGAUGUGCUUUAGUUGAUAUGUAUGCUAAAUGUAAGUAUGUGGAUGAAUCUUUGAAGUUAUUCUUUGAAAUGCCUGAAAAAAAUUGGGUAUGUUGGAGUGCUGUUGUUGCUGGUUUUGUACACAAUCAAUACUUUAUUGAUAGUAUAGAAUUAUUUAAGGAGAUGCUGAGAGAAGGGAUUGGUGUUGGCCAAUCCAUCUAUGCUAGUGUUUUUAGGUCAUGUGCUGGAUUAACUGCACUAAGAUUAGGUCGUCAACUGCAUGCUCAUGCUUUAAAGUCUGACUUUAGUAAUGACAUUAUCGUUUCAACUGCUACUUUAGAUAUGUAUGCGAAGAGUCAAAGUUUACUAGAUUCUAGGAAGGUUUUCAACUCAACGUUUAAGCAUAGUGUGCAUUCCUAUAAUGCAAUGCUGGUUGGUUAUGUGCAAAGCAAUCAAGGUCUUGAAGCGUUGAAGCUGUUUCGAUAUCUGAUGGGGUCUGGGCUUGCCUUUAAUGAAAUUACUCUUUCAGGUGCUUUUAGUGCCUGUGCUGUUGCCAAACAACAGUCAGCAGGCUGUCAACUACAUGGUUUGGUUAUAAAGAGUAACUUUCAGUCUAAUGUUUGUGUAACAAAUGCGGUUUUGGACAUGUAUGGAAAAUGUGGAGAUGUUAUGAGAGCAGAAUGUAUUUUUAAUGAGAUGUGUAGAAGGGAUAUCGUGUCUUGGAAUGCAAUAAUUGCAGCUUAUGAACAAAAUGGGCUUGCAAAGGAAACUAUACGCCUGUUUGCUUAUAUGCUGGCUUGUGGGAUCGAACCUGAUGAAUUCACCUAUGGAAGUGCUUUGAAAGCUUCUGCUGGGAUUCAACCUUUAAGUUAUGGCUUAGAGGUCCAUACUAGAGUUAUAAAAUCUGGAAUGGGCUUUCAUCCUUUUGUGGGAAGUACUUUGGUGGAUAUGUAUAGCAAGCAUGGGAGGAUUGACGAGGCUAUGAAGCUUCAUGACAGACUAGAGGAACAGAACAUAGUUUCUUGGAAUUCAAUUAUUUCAGGGUGUAUACUGCAAGAUCAGAAUGAGGAAGCGCUGAAAAUUUUCACAUUGAUGCUAGAAAUGGGUAAUAAACCCGAUAAAUUUACAUAUGCAACAGUUCUAGAUACCUGUGCUAAUCUGGCAACUGUGGGACUUGGGAUGCAAAUUCAUGCUCAAAUAAUCAAGCAUAAACUCCAAGAAGAUGUGUAUAUUGUGAGCACUCUUGUUGACAUGUAUUCCAAAUGUGGCAAUAUGCAAGACUCCCAACUAAUGUUUGGAAGAGCUGUAGAACGGGACUUUGUGACAUGGAACGCGAUGAUAUGUGGCUAUGCUUAUCAUGGUUUUGCAGAAGAAGCUCUCAAAGUCUUUGACGAAAUGAAGAGAGCAAAAGUACAGCCAAAUCAUGCAACAUUUAUUGCAGUUCUCCGAGCUUGUGGUCAUAUAGGGCUUGUUCAAGAAGGCUGGGACUACUUUUGCUCAAUGCAGAGCUAUGGGUUGGAUCCUCAAAUGGACCAUUAUUCGUGUAUGGUGGAUAUGCUAGGGAAGUCUGGGAAGGUUGGCAAGGCUUUAGAGCUUAUUGAAGAUAUGCCAUUUGAGGCUGAUGAUGUAAUAUGGAGAACCCUGCUUAGUGUUUGUAAGAUUUUUGGGAAUGUAGAGGUUGCAGAAAAGGCUGCAAAAUCCAUCUGCCGAUUGGAUCCUGAGGAUUCUUCUGUCUACAUUCUUCUGGCAAAUAUAUAUGCUGAUGCAGGGAUGUGGUAUGAAGUUUCAAGGAUUAGGAAAAUGAUGAAGGAAAAUAAGGUGAAGAAGGAGCCAGGUUGCAGUUGGAUAGAGGUGACAGGCGACGUGCACACAUUCUUAUGUAAUGAAAAAGCUCAUCCAAGUCGUGAAUUGAUAUUAAAGGAACUUAGUUUGCUUUACAGUGAGAUGAGAAAGAUUGAAUAUUCACCCGAUGGUGACCCUUAUUUGAAUAUUCAAAUUGGCUAAAAACUCCAUUGAUGAAUGUUGUUAUGGAGUAUGGACUGAUAAUGAAUUAAUUGGAGCAUUGAAGGAUUGCUUGAUUAAAUUGUUGUAAUGGAAUUACAUAACAAGGUGUAUCUAGAAGAUAAUCUAAUGAUGGGUUCAGGACUCAGGAGCUCUUAUCGAAUGGAAUGGAGAAAGAAAGGAUACAGUUGCUGGAUCCACAUCCAAGAAGUGAUCAGGCUAUGACUUCAGGACUAUGUUCUAGUCAGGUCAGUUUAAGUACUUAUGAAUGGUAAAUUAUGCAGACUGUUAAGGUGAUUCGUUUAAAGUAGAGGAAAAUUUUAUGAGAUUGCAAUGUUCUUUAGGUGAUUUUUGGGUGACAUGUCACAUUAUAGAUUGUUGAAAUAGAAUUCCGUUUAAGGACAAAAACUAAUCUAUAAGGUUUAUUCACAUUUCAUACUACGGUUUUUACGCUUUUCCUGGAAGCAGAGACAUCUUCAUCCACUAGUUUCUAAUUAGCUAGCAAGGAAUAGUAUGAUUGCUAUUGUAAUAUGUCAAUAAAACUUGAUUAGUAGAUUCUUUAUUUCUUUCCUGGCCUACUAUAGGAGUUGGCUGGCCUGUCCUUAGUUCAAUAGCAAAAUGCCAAAUCCUUAAUCCCAUAAAAUGUGGUGGCCAAUGAUCUAGUCCUAGUGCUCAUCCACAUAAAUUCUCCUCCUUCAUGCAUUCUCUUCUCGUGUCAACGUUCUAGGCCUAAAUCUCUCAUAUCCUUCCACAACUUUCCAUCCAAAAAGUCUUUGACUCGAUUCUUCCACUUUUGAAAUCUCCCCCUUCCAAAUUUCAUAGGAGGGCUGUUUUUGGCCUUUGUCACACAUGCCCAAACCAAUGAAGAUAAUUUUCACUCAUAUUAUUGUCACACCGGCUGUCACACAGGCUAUGAGAGAGACCCGAUUGAUCACAUAUAAGAGGAGAAAUAGAUAAGAAUGGGUAGUGAGACCAGCUGUACAUGGGGCUGGGAAACGGGUUAUAUUCUGUUAUGUGAUGUUAUGUUGUUAGGCUGAUUUGUACAGCUGUCAAGGGUAGUUAUUAGGUGGCGAGCUAGGGCUAUAAAAGCCAACACUCUUGUAAUAUUGAGGAUCAUCAAAGUAUUGAAUAAGAAGGAAUAACAUAGGCAGUUAGAAGCAGACUCGAAUUGCUCAUUUCUGACAGUAGCAUUCUGAUCUGUCUAUUUGCAUUCUGAUCUUGGAGAGAAUCUUGGUCUGAAUUUCAGUCUAUUAAAAUUAUCUUCAAGGUUUGCAACUUCCAACCUAUAUGUCCUCAUGUCUUAGCUAUGUUUAUUCAUCUAUCGUAGCAUGCACAUCUCAAUUACCCCUGUCUUCCUACUACAAUUUUUUUGCCAACAUUUCGAACUAUACAAUAACGUUGAUCUUAUAGCUGUUUGAUUUCGUACUUCUCUACUUGACUCAACCACACUAGAUCCUAUGCGUCAAAUUUUUUUCGAAAUUUCUGUUGCUCUGAAAGAUAUACCUAGAUACUUGAAACAUUCAUUCGACUGUAAUGCCAUCUCCCUUAAUAUUAACACAUAUUUACUUGAUUUGUUGGUGUAAAACGGGUAUUUUAUAUACUCACUCUUACAUCAACUUAGUCUAAAUUCUCUUGAUUCCAACUUUCGCCUCCGCACUCUGAUUCACAAAGAGAGAUACCAAGUGGAUGUGAUGGUUCUGUAUUCACGAAAUUUAAUGAUUCACAAAAUUUGAGUUUGCGACAAAUGAGAUGAUGAUUAUUGCUCUUAUCAAUUGACAUUGGGAAAGGUGUUGUCUGCGAAACAUCACGAUGCCCUGGAAGCUUCUGAAUCUAAUGAUCUCAUCAUAAUCUGCCGUUGCAAAAAGGAUACAGUUCGUAUGUUUCGGAUCCAAAGAUGGGCCAACUCGGAGUACUUGACAAUCCCAACUACCAAAGAAAGAUACCAUUUAGCUAUGAUCACCGUUCAAUCAGAAUGACAUGGUGUUUUUGACUGUAAACCCCUGGGUUUGAUAUGGGCUCAAUUUCCCGAGGUUAGUAUAAAAUUUCUUCUUUGUUUUGGAUCUGCUCAACUUGUAUCCAAAUUAUGUAGAUCUCAUAAUAUGUAAACCCACCAUUUCAUUUGCGGAGAAUACCAUAUACACGCAUUUGUACAUUUGCACGAGUCUCUGUAUAGGUUGUAGGGACUAAGAAACCAGGAUUAGUAAUAUCUUGACUCGGGCAUAGCUGCAUAGUCUUAGUCGGUGUGCAAUAUCCGCUUUUUCAGGGAGAUAGAUGCAUUUGUGAAAAAUCUAACAAUUGUUUUAUGUGACAGCAUUACAAUUUGAUGAACACUAUAAUGUUCGAUAACUUGAGAAGAAAUUUUGUGAUGAACCCACAGAAUGGACUGACAAUCAGACCCUUCAGAAAAGCUCGUGCUAAUAGACGGAGUGAUAAUGAACUAAUAAAGCUCAUACAAUAUCUGUUUCUGUCGCGGAAGUUGAUGAUCUCAGUGCCCUUGAUCACCGUAGAUUGGAAUAAUACACUGAUGAUAAUUCGAAACAAUGCAUCUUCUAUUGUUCUAAUGUUAUAGACUGUGGCAACGGAAGUUGAAUUGUAUUGUAUUAUCAAGAUUAUGCUUUUUUUUUUCUUUAAAAGUUAUGUUGUUGCAGUCUUGCUGAUCAUCAAGUUCAUGAUUAGUAGUAUAAUUUUACUGGGGUGUUUCUGUAAAACAGAUUGAUGAGAAAAUUAUGUUUAUUUUGGG